AUGAACCGUUCUCCCCCGUUAUCUUAUGAGAGUUUAAAAAGUGUUCUCGGACAAAUAGAUGCAAAUACAAGAUUCCGCCUAUUCUCCAGAAUCCCCUCGAUUCGCCCUACAGACAAGGUAGUUCCACUGCGGAUCCAAAAGUUUUCGGCCGACAACAACAAAUUCAAAAUCAACGAUACCGAAUAUGAAGUGGGAAUCUAUAAGAAGUACCCACCUGGUAUGACACCUUCAAGAGUCCAGGAAGUCAACAAUGCUGGUGGACUAGGCAGUGAUUUAGAUCAGCAUGGAUUUGUAGAUGAUUCUGGAAAGAAUGUGUUGACUCCUGGAGAUGUGGAUUUGCGGGAUGGAAGGUUGCUGGUACUACUUGGUGAGCCAUAUCAACAGCAGGAUGAAAGGAUUCCGGAUCUAGAGAAUAACUUGGAGAAAUUGAGGAGAAAAAUUGAAUUUGUGGAAAGCUUUGGACCAAUUCCAGAGGUUCUUAGGAAGACCACAAGUUACAAUGUGUUCAUGUUUCGAAAUCUGAUAGAAGGAUUUAUGAACGGCAUUGGACAAGCCACCACCGAGCACUUUGCGGAAUUCGAGGAAGCACGAAAAAUGACUCAUGACCAGCUAAGCAGGGAAAUCAAGAAUCUGAUGGCAAAACUCCAACCUUUCUACUCCCGACGGGAUGGCGUACCAGUUCCAUAUGAGACCUUUCUCCAAUUAACUGUAACUUCACCGCGUCAGAAGCAUAUCGAGCAAAUUCGAUACACUAAGAAGCUUCAUGAAGCUGCAAAGUACCUUAGCAUUCGAUUGUUUGGAAAUCGACGGCACCCAGUCCAUAUCAAGUUGCUUAAUCUUUGCUGGAAUAGGAUAAUGAGACUUCCCGUUGGAUUGCGGUUGAAAAUUGAGGAGAUUGAACGAGGUAUGAAUAUUCAUCUUCUGCAGAGAUCAUUGGGUCCGUUGUUGGAUGCUCCACUGAUGCGGCUGAAUACAAUUGUCAAUAACGAUGAAGAUUUCGAAUGUUCAAUUCUCAAGGAGGCACGGUAUCUCGAGGUUUUCGAAUACCAGCCAUACCAAAUCCGGCCACCAGUUCUCUUGAAUCUUCAAAACUUAAAUUUCCACAAGAUAUCUCGAAUUGAGAACAACUGGUCUGUAGAAGACUUCCUGCUAGUCAUCAAGAAUUGGGUUGAAUCUGGAAAGAAAGUCGGUAGCUGCUACAGUUUCGGCACUAGCGAGCUUGUCAAAAACACUAUUUUGGGAACUAUCACUGAGGAAUAUAAGGAUGCGGAAACUGGUGAUGCAUUCAUCUCAAUUCCGUCAAGAUUCAAUAAUCAAGUGAAGGUGUCAAUUGAGGAGCACCAGGGAUUGAAUCGAUGGGUUGUGAAGUUUGAGGUUCUUUCGAUCGAAAGAGCAACUCAGUGA